CGUCAAAAAUAAAACCUCAAACCCAUAUAAAUGUUCAGUUUUGCAGUUGACGUCGGGAGAGCAGCACGAAGAUUAUUUUAUUCGUUUCCACUAAUUUUUCCGGAUCACUACUGCCUCGAUCCGAAUCGGACGGUGGGACACGCUCCUCACGCGCAGGGCGAAUUGAAAAUGAAAACCAGAAAGAAGAUAUGGAAUACGGUUGAUCCGACGAACAGAGUAAGCUUUCACAGACCAAACAGGGACGAUAAAAGAGAAGCAGACCGCAACGAAGAAAUUUUCUUUGGGUUUUCCUGUGUUGGAUCCAAUUUUCGUUCUCACCACCAAAUAUCCGCUGACUUCGACAAAGGUAACAUAAAGCUUCCACCUUUAAUUUCUCCACAAUCUACUCCUUCGCUAUGACUCUGUCACGGAUCUUCUUCUUCACCUUCCCGCUCCCUAUCUAAUUCGGCAUCUCCACUCUUAACAUCUCUCCAAGUUUUCACCUUUUUGUGUUUCACUUUCUUCAUUGACUUAUUAAUCCAUCCUCUUUGAUUCCUUCUGGGUCGAUGCAGAAACGGGUUGGUUUAGGAAUUUCGUGCCGGUCUUUAUCUUGUCUUCUCUGUAGUUUUUGUUCAUGUGAUUGGGCUUUCUAAACCAUUAUUGAUUUUAACUCAUUAGUGUUUUUUUCUUUUAUCGUGUAGUGCUUGGUCAGAUUCUGUUUGGGCAACAAUGGUGACUAAUGGUUGCGUGAGUUUGGAAUGGAAUAGAGUUUUACUUGUUGACGACAAUGGCUCUGAAUCUAAGGACUGUUAGUAUUAGCUUGUCUAAUUGGUCUUUGGUUUGAUCAGUAAGAGGUGAUUGAUUACUCAGAGAAAUACCAAAAGAGAUGUGGGGAUUUGCUUCUAAUGCCAUCGCCAGCAUUGGGCUCAAAAGGAGUCCAAAACCUAGAGAGCCGAUUCAGGAUCAUUCCGAGUGUUCAGACGACGAUGGCUGUUCAAAUGCUAGCAAGGAUGAAGAAGGAUUGGAAUGCCCAAUUUGUUGGGAAUCCUUCAACAUUGUCGAGAAUGUACCUUAUGUGUUAUGGUGUGGACAUACCCUCUGCCAGAACUGUGUCUUGGGGCUUCAGUGCACUAACUGGCAGUUCCACGGUCAGCAGUUCAAGGUGCCUUUCCUCAUUUCAUGCCCCUGGUGCCACAUGGUAUCACUCCGAGUGUUGUACAACCGAAGCUUGAGGUUCCCCCGCAAGAACUUCUUUCUUCUGUGGAUGGUUGAGAGGUUGAAUGAUGAUAGAGGGAAGGUUAUUACCUCUUCUUCGUCAUCUUCUGCUUUGGUUGAUCAACCUGUUUGGUCUUCGAGUAAUGAAGUGGUCAGGAGGACUGGGCAGAAUCAAUGGUUGGACUUUGGAGGGCAUGGUCGUGGUGGUAGAGGAGGUGACAAUAAUGUGGGGAGGCAGCAGCAGCUUUUCUCCUUGCACAAGUCGCUCGACCUUUUCAUUCACUUCACUUCCAAGUUCCCAUUGGCGAUUGUAUUGCUUCUGGUGGUGUUUUUCGCCAUUCCCAUCAGCUCGGCGAUCUUGAUUCUCUACUUUAUUGUCACUGUUGUUUUUGCCAUACCAUCUUGCUUGGUGUUGUACUUUGCUUACCCUACUUUGGCUAGGCUUGUUUCCGAGAUAGUUUCUUGAUGUUUUUGUGUGUUGAAUUCUGAUAUAUUGAUUGAUGGAUUCUGUUCAAUAUACUCUUGUUCUCCGUGUAAUGUUUCAUGAUUCAUGAUUCACAUUUUUUUGAAAGUGAGAAUUUUCUGGAGCGAUAUUAUGAUUUGUCUUAUGUUUGUCAAGAAACUGAGACUUAAGGU